AGAAAUGCACGUGACCUGCUGUCUCAAUUAGCAUUUUGACGACAAAGGCACCGUUGUUUCUUUGCCAUCGCCUGGGCUCUUUUGGAAACAAAACGAAGAGAAAAAGCCCGAGCAAGAUUUGUGGCUCUUGCAGCGUUGCUUCGUGAGGCUCGGUGACAAUGCCCGAGAUAGUGCUCCAAGGAAAUUGGGAUGCAAUUGAUAUCCCAAAUAGACGUACUCUGAUUACUGGUGCCACUGGGCUCCUUGGCAGAGCUGUAUAUAAGGAAUUCAAAGCAAAUACGUGGCAUGCUGUUGGCUGUGGGUACACUAGAGCUCGACCCAGGUUUGAAAAAGUUAAUCUCCUGGAUGUUGCAGCUGUUCAUAAUCUCAUUCAGGAUUUUCAGCCUCAUGUGAUAGUACAUUGUGCAGCUGAGAGAAGGCCAGACAUUGUCGACAGUCAGCCAGAUGCUGCUUCUCAGCUCAAUGUGGCUGCUUCAGGGAACAUAGCAAAAGAAGCAGCCAAAAUAGGAGCAUUUUUGAUCUACAUAAGUACAGAUUAUGUAUUUGAUGGAACCAAUCCUCCCUAUAAAGAAAAUGAUAUACCAAAUCCCCUAAAUCUCUAUGGAAAAACUAAGCUGGAAGGUGAAAAAGCAGUUCUUGCAAACAAUGAUGAUGCUGCUGUGCUUAGAGUUCCUGUUUUAUAUGGAGAGAUUGAAAGCUUGGAUGAGAGUGCUGUGACAGUUAUGUUUGAUAAAGUGCAGUUCAAUAACAAGUCAGCCAACAUGGACCACUGGCAGCAGAGGUUUCCUACCUACGUUAAGGAUGUAGCUAGUGUUUGCCGACUACUAGCAGAGAGAAGAAUGGAGGAUCCAUCCAUAAAAGGAAUAUUCCAUUGGUCUGGUAAUGAACAGAUGACUAAAUAUGAAAUGGCGUGUGCUAUGGCGGAUGUUUUCAAUCUUCCCAGUAGCCACCUGAGACCCGUCACUGAUAGUCCAGUAGUGGGUACUCUUCGUCCCAGGAAUGCUCAGCUUGACUGUUCUAGACUACAGAUGUUGGGCAUUGGACAACAAACUCCAUUUCGAAUUGGAAUCAAGGAAUCUCUUUGGCCUUUCCUUACUGACAAGAGGUGGAGACAGACUGUCUUCCAUUAGUUUGUAAAUAGUUUAGUGUAUUAUGGAAUGAGGCACUUUUUAAAAAGGGGUUCGGGAAAUAAUAGUUUUGUAUUGAAUGUUCUAUGUUUCCAGUUUAAUUCAAUCAGGUAAAACUAAGGUCUUGCACUAGUGAAAUGGUUAAGAUGCUAACUGGCUAAAAAAAGCAUUGUUUGAGGUGAUUUUUUUCAUAUUUGUUACUGGUUUGACAUAAGAAGUCAGUGACCAAUGACUGUUCCAGCCAUCAGUAACUGUUGAGAUGAAGAUGUAUUUCCUCAUAGCUAAAAAAUAGAGUUGAUGCUUGUAUAUUUGCCUCUGCUAUUCAGAAUUUCCCUUGAAAUCUGUCUCCCUAAUUGCCAAAAGCACAGGGUUUUGUCACCAUUUUUAAAGUAUGCUAAUGUGAUUGAAACUCAGGAGUGUCCUUUGUUUUGCUUGAGCUAUGAUCAAAGUGUCCUAAAGCAAUGCUUUAUUUUUGCAGGUAAAGUGUAAUUUUGAUUCCUAUUCUGAAUUCCAAAACUCUUACAGCUUUCUUUAUAUUUGUACACAACACAUACCUCUCUAUCAUGUGCAUGCUUAUAUACACUUAUUGAUCUGAAGAGCAAGGUUCCUUUAUUUUGUUGUGACAGAGGCAUGAAAUGCAUACUUUUAUGUACAUUUUCCCUCCAUUUUUCUUAUGUUUACAUUAGAUGCUUGUAUCUUGUAGGAACCAGAGAGGUCUCAAUAAAGAACUUGUUAACACA